UCGUUCACCCACACUCUCAUCUUCUCAUUUUAAUUGUCGACAUACACAGCCACGCUUGCAGAAUUGAAUAAAAACAUAUUUUGCACCUAGCUUGUUUUCAUACAUUCUUGACCAGAUUCGUUAUUUUUCGAUUUAAUUUCAUUGAAGAAUAAUGGACAAAUCAACAGAUGGUGAAAACAGUACCCCAAGUAGCGGAAAAUCGACCAAGAAUGGGAACGGUAAGGACAAACCUAAAGCUCUUCAGCAGCAGGCUUCUCCAAAGGCGGCUAUCAAGCGUAAGCGUAAGAAAAUCAAGGAUGCAAAUGCGCCAAAGCAUCCGUUGACAGGUUACGUUAGGUAUAUGAAUGAAAAACGAGACGCCUUCCGGCUGAAACAUCCCACGCUGACAUCUGUCGAAAUAACGAAAAUAAUCGCCGAAGAGUGGGGAACACUUUCGGAUGAGGUGAAAAAGCCAUAUCUGGAAGCGGCGGAAGCCGAUCGGACACGCUACUACCGCGAGAUUUCCGAGUACAAACAGAACAGUGGAGCACCCGCAAACAAGAAGCUUAAGGCGAAUGGUGACGAUUCGGACCACAAAGAGGUUCCCUAUCUGAAUGGGAAAGAAGAGAAGCGGGAGAUUCGCGUCGGGGACUAUGAAAUACCGAUUUUCACCGAGGAUUUUCUGGAGCACAAUAAAGUGAUCGAUUCGGAGCUGAGAAUGUUGCGGAAGUCUAAUAUCGAUUACGAGCAGCAAAAUUCUGUGCUCGAGAAACAUGUUGAAAAUAUGGACAAUGGAAUUCAGAAGUUGGAGAAUGAAACCAACAGUCUCAAAUCGAGAAACGAUGUGCUCAAGAAUUAUUUACAGAAGCUGAGAUCGGUGCUGGCCAAAGCAUUGGCGGGAUUACCGAUUGGGGCGGAUAACAAGGGUGCGACGGUGGAAACCAUCGAUAAUUACAUGUCGGAGUUACAUCAGAUGGCAAAAUCAAGCACACACGGCCAUACACUGAACAAGGCGAAGGACAUCAUCCGGAAACUGGAUCUGCAGAAUUUGACCACGUAAGAUAGUGCAAGCUUGAUGCAAGAUGUUUCUAAAUAUAAUUAUGUAAUAUAUUAUCAAAAAAAAAACAUCUUUAUUCCGAAACCCCAUACAAAUAGAAUUUUGUCGGAGAGAUUGGGUGGUUAUAUCAAAAAUUUGUUUGAUAUCCCACGCUCAUUGCAAGAGCUAUAUUGACACACGAAUGUAGGAGUAGUCACUCCCGUCAAACAUA